GUAGAUACAAUAUACUUGAUGGUUAUACUAUCUCCACUUAUUAGCGAGGAGUUAAAAAUCUCUUGUUCUCAUGUUGUUUCAAUUAUUGAUGAUUACAGUAGAGAUUCUUUGCUAAAGUUACAAGAGAAGAGAACAUUUCCUACUAGUUCUCGCGCUUUAAAUUCUUCACUUGGAGGUGGAUUAAGGACUCAGGAAAUUGUAGAACUAGUUGGAUUUGACCACUUGAGUAUAGGGGAGCUGUUAACACACAUCACUAUAGAUCAUCUGUAUAAUAAUCAGAAUUUUGAGGCAUUAAUUAUCUCAACAAAUGGUUCUCCAAAUGAAUACGAACUUUAUCAAAUAUGCCGCGGUUUCUUAGAAAAAAAGGAAACGGAUAAGCAUAUAGAUGAUUCCAUCUUCAAUGUCUUACGGAGAAUCUACAUAAUUAAUUGCUUGUCAGAUAUACACUUGUCGAAAGUAUUAGAUGAUCUCUUAGAAGGAAGGUUUUCCGGUGGAAAAUCUUUGGAUUUGUUCAAGUCAAAGGACCGACAAGAUUUAACCUUAUUACAAAUACAAGGCUUAAGUUCACUAUUUGAUAAUAUGGACGCGAAAUCUACAAAGUGCAGUAGUGCUUUGUUGGCGAUAAAACUAAGAAAUUUGUGUACUAAUUCGAAUUGUUCCAUUUUGAUUUCAAACUUUCAGACAGCACUUUUAUCAUCUAACUCAGCUUCUUAUGAUCCAUAUAUCGAAUCAGACAACCCAGCAUUUUCAAAACUUUCUCAAAAAUGGCAUUCAUCUAUUGAUACAAAGAUAUACGUGUUACCGUUGAAAAAGAAAGAGCAACAUACAAGGAUCAUGAUAAAGGUAAUAAAAUCUAAAAGAGAGAGAUCCGGUAGAAUUUGUCAUAUAUCCUUCUCAAAGCAAGGCAUACAAGAUUAACAAGUUAAACAUUAACAAACGAUAGAAACAUAACAGCGU